UGUAGCGCCACCAGGGGGCGCCCGCGGCCCCUGCGCAGCUGCGGCGGCGGCGGGGGAAGAUGGCGGCGGCCGCCCCCGAGCAGCAAAGCUCUAAUGGCCCGGUGAAGAAGUCUAUGCGAGAGAAGGCAGUGGAACGCAGGAAUGUUAAUAAGGAGCACAACAGUAACUUCAAAGCAGGAUACAUUCCCAUUGAUGAAGACCGUCUCCAUAAGACAGGGUUACGUGGCAGRAAAGGCAACUUGGCCAUAUGUGUGAUUGUGGUUCUUUUUAUUUUGGCUGUCAUCAAUCUGAUUAUUACCCUGGUUAUCUGGGCAGUGAUAAGAAUUGGUCCCAAUGGUUGUGACAGUAUGGAAUUCCAUGAGAGUGGCUUGCUGCGGUUUAAGCAAGUGUCUGACAUGGGCAUUAUACAUCCCUUAUAUAAAAGCACUGUAGGGGGGAGACGGAAUGAAGACUUGGUCAUCACUGGGAAUAAUCAGCCUAUUGUAUUUCAGCAAGGAACAACCAAGCUUAGCGUGGAAAAAGACAAAACUUCUAUUACCAGCGAUAUUGGCAUGGAAUUUGUUGACCCACGAACACAAAAUACUCUGUUCAGCACUGACUAUGAAACUCAUGAGUUUCAUCUGCCAAAUGGAGUUAAAAUCUUGAAUGUACAAAAGGCCUCUACAGAGAGGAUUACCAGCAAUGCAACCAGUGAUCUAAACAUAAAGGUGGAUGGCCGUGCCAUUGUCCGUGGAAAUGAAGGUGUUUUCAUCACAGGCAAGACCAUUGAGUUUAGAAUGGGUGGUAACAUGGAACUUAAAGCAGAAAACAGCAUUAUCCUGAAUGGAACUGUGAUGGUCAGCCCUUCACGACUGCCAAGUUCUUCUUACGGGGAUCAGUUCAAUAAUGGCAACUGGCUGCGCUUCAAGCUCUGCAUGUGUGCGGAUGGGACACUGUUCAARGUUCAGGUGACAGGGCACAACAUGGGCUGUCAGACUUCUGUCAACCCAUGCGGAGCCACACACUGAAACAAACCACUGCUGGAAGAGGCCUCAUUUGUGUUUACAUAUAUUUGUAUGAAGUAAUUGCAUGCCUUCAAGGAUUUUUUUUACAGCAGUUUAUACUAACAUUUCUUACAUAGUAUUUUUAAGGAAAGGCUGUUCUGAUCAGCAGUAUUAUGUUACCAUCCUGUAAGCUGCAAUAGUGGCACUGAAGCAGUAAACUUUCAGUGUACAUGCGUACUGAAGUAGCUUCUUGAAUCGGGAUUCAGUAGGAUAUAUGUAAAGAACAUGAUCUUGGUAACAACUCUGCCUUCAGUUGUCUCUAGAGGAGGUUUUUGUCCUACAUCCCAAGACCYUGAGGAGUGCUGUGAACGUCACUGUGAUCUGAAGUACUUCAAGAGGAAUGUAAAUUUUUUUGUUGGAAGUAGAUCUUCCUAGGAUGGCUGAAGUGGCAGACUUCUGUCUUCUUUCUUGUUAGGUACACUGAUUUCCUCCAAACUUUGGUGGUUUACCAGAUGUGUUCUGAGAGGGGUAAUGGCAGAUUCACUUUAAAAUAUCACAUUAUUUCUGCCAUAUAGUCUGUUGUUAAAAAAAUUUGUUGUCAUAAAUAAUAUUUGCAAAGUAAUACUGAGUAUGGAAACAUAACUUGMAUUUUGAAGUAGUCUUGCUGUUAUUGAAGUGUUGUUUGAGCUUCCAUUCUGUCUGUGCAAUUAAUGCAUUCUGCAGUUGCUUAAUUUAUGUGAAGUACUUACAAAAUGUGUUUAUAUUAGAAGUACAUUUUUAAAGAUGUACUUAUAACUUGCUCACUAUCCAAAAAUAAUGUUUUCCUGGGUGCUCUUAUGUGAAGUGUGCAAGUCCAUUACUCAACAGGUAAUAAUCUAAAGCGUAACUGUUGCAGCAGUGUCUGAGAUCARAUCUGUCUUUCCCAAUAAACGUCARUACUGAUGCAUUACUGRGAACCUCAGAAUUAAAUUCUGAAGUUAAACAUUAGGUCUGUAAUUUUAGAUGUGAUGGUAGGACAUCAGGGUAAAUAUAUGUGCAUCAGAGCUUGUCAACAGUGAUACUCUGGUGAACUGGGGCCUGUUACAGUCUUAMAACUGCUUUUGCAGCAGUGAGGUGUUUUGUGCUAAAAAUAGACCAGCUAUUUAUAAGAUUCCUCCCUUCCCCACCCCAUGUAUUUCUUCAGUUUAAAAUAGCUUUGUUUUGCAGUAGCAUCAAAUAAGCUUAAUACUGGAGACCWCAAAGUGGCUUUGCAACAGCUUUUUGACACAUUUUUUGAUAAGCACACACUUCUUUUCCUAAAAGUUGUGCAAAUUUUACACAUUAACUUCAGAAUUGGUCAUUUGUUACAGGAAGAUAAACUGUCUUUGUUUUGUAGUGCUUAAAGUACAUAGGAUUCCAUAAAAUAGAAAUCAGCUCCUGCUGKAAACAAAUUCACAUCUAAGGUCCCAAUUUCUGGAAGGGUGGAAGCCCUCAUGCAGAAUGUGUAUGGCUGGAAGCGAUUUCUGGAGGGGUAUUCAUAAGACAGGCAUUAUAGCACAGGGGGGAGGUCAAAAGAGUCAUAUUUCCCUCACUGCUCAAAGGUAAAGCCAGAYUUUAAACAACAGUGGAGCUCUUCUGACAAAAUCAAAAUAAGCAGAAUAUAAUGUAGCAAAAAGCAUUGAGUUCUCACUUUAAAGAAUAUGGGAAAGUACUAACACUUUGCAUACUGCCUUCAUGAAUCUCAUAGUAAUAGUUACUGAACAUUUUAACACACAUUUUGCUGAAAACACACCCAUCUUUGCUACUAAACAGCACCUCAGUUAGUUUCUGUUACACUUAGGAGGAAAUAAACUGACAUUUUUAGAAUUUUCACGCUCAUGCUAAUGGAAGUUUGUCACUUUAUGAAAGUGUAUAGACAUGCACACGUAUUGAAAAAUAUAAAGAGYAGUAUCCUCAAAGCUGAAAUACAUYUGGAAAAUUAUUGAUAUUGCCUGGUCAAAUAGGUUACACAUGUAUUAAAGCUCUUCUCUGAUUAAUACUGACAUGCCUAUAUGCUAGUAUUGGAAUCUUGUAAUUAUUAAAAGUUCUUUUUAAAAUACUGUGUGCAAUGUACACCUGAAAGAUUUGUCACAAAGAUACUCGUAAAUCAAGAUCUGCAGAAUUGUUUUUGAAGUGUGGAUUUUUUUUUGUCAAAAUGUAGCAAAAUCAUAAAAACAAAUGAAAUAAAUUAUCAAAUUUGC